AUGAUCCAAGAAGCUCAGGGACGGAUUGAAGAAUCCACACUGACAUUCCUCCCCCCAGAUCUCACAGCCCGCGACAAGUCCCGUGGCGAAGCAGCCGUCCAAACACUCCUGCACGACCCGCAACUCACCCAAGCCGCCGCCCUGAAAUCCCACGGCGGCCUCGCAGACAUUAAAUUCCACGCCUUGGACGUCACAGAUAGUACAAGUGUGCGCGCCCUCGCCGACCAUUUGAAAAGCGCGCACAGCGGGGGAAUAGACUUCGUCAUCAACAAUGCCGGCAUCGCCAUGGAUGGAUUCGCUAACGACGAUAUCGUGGAAGAUGCAAACGUCGUCGAGAAGACACUGGAGUGCAACUACUACUCCACCCUCCGCGCUUGUCGGGCUUUCAUCCCCCUCCUCAAACCCUCUGGCCGCAUAGUAAACGUCGCCAGCACCUCGGGCUCUCUGGCGCGAAUACUCCCCCGCUGUCCGCGCUCGCUUCCUGUCUGCAACCUCUGA